CUUGUUCUUAAAUCAAUGGCUGGGCAGUAAAAUGUACUUGGAGUUGCAGGUGUUGUCAUAGCUUCUCUUUUGGGGCUUGUUUCAUUGUACUACUACAAUUCCCUUGUAAUAUUCAAGGGACUGAGCAAGCUAAAAAGACCAGCUCCCAUGGAGUUUCCAAGGGAAAAAUGUGUAAACGAAGCUGAAAAUCAUGAGGCUGGUGGGACUAUAGAUGUAAUCAUAGUCGGUGCUGGUGUUGCUGGUGCUGCUCUUGCUUAUUCUCUUGGAAAGGAUGGACGUCAAGUUCGAGUGAUCGAGAGGGACCUAAACGCGCCUAACCGAUUCGUCGGCGAAGUACUAAUGCCAGGGGGAUACCUCAAGUUAAUUGAGUUAGGCCUGGAGGAUUGUGUUGAUGAGAUUGAUGCUCAGAAAAUAGCGGGUUAUGUUAUAUACAUGGAUGAAAAGGAAGCCCCCAUAACUUUUCCUCUUGAACAAUUUAAUCCCCAUGUUGCUGGAAGAACUUUUCAUAAUGGUCGUUUCGUUCAGAAGUUGAGGAGCAAAGCUGCAUCUCUUCACAAUGUGAGUCAAGAACAAGGGACUGUGACAUCUUUGGUUGAAGAAAAUGGGACUGUCAAAGGAGUGCACUACAAGGACAAGAGUGGUCGACUGCUGACGGCUUACGCGCCGCUCACUGUCGUCUGCGACGGUUGUUUCUCGAAUUUGAGACGGUCCCUCAGCGACCCCAAGGUUGAGGUCCCCUCUUAUUUUGUUGCUUUUCCUCUGAUGAACUGCAAGCUCCCGAAUGAAAAUUAUGCAGCUGUUGUGAUAGCAGAUCCUUCGCCUUUCGUCUUCUAUCCUGUUAGCAGCACUGAACUUCGCUGCAUGGUUGACAUUCCUAGUCAGAAUUUGCCUUCUGUUUCCGGUGGUGAAAUGGCACAUUACUUGAGAACUCGGGUGGCUCCUCAGGUUUUCCCUCAACUGUACACCGCUUUUGUGUCUGCAAUAGAGAAGAAGGAUAACAUAAGAGUGAUGCAGAACAAGAUCAUGGCAGCCGCCCCGCGCCGGAUUCCCGGUGCGCUUUUGAUCGGUGACGCACUCAACGCGCGUCACGCUUUAACCGGAGGGGGCAUGACUGUGGCGCUAUCGGAUGUUGUUCUACUCAGGGACCUUCUGAGACCCUUGCAUGAUCUAUCCGAUGCAUCCGCCGUUUGCGAAUAUCUCGAGUCCUUUUACACAUUGAGGAAGCCGAUGUCGUCUACAAUCAACACGCUGGCUAAUGUCCUACAGAAGGUGUUCAGGGCAUCCUCUGAUCCUACAAUGCAAGACGUGCAGCAUGCAUUUUUUGGGUACUUGAGACUUGGAGGGACAUUUUCACAUGGAGUCUCGGCUAUGCUCUCCGGUUUAUGGCCUCGUCCGCUAGGUUUAGCCUUUCAUUUCCUCGCCAUAGCAACAUACGGUGUCGGCCGGCUGUUACUUCCGUUCCCGACUCCGAAACGCUUGUGGAACGGAACUAAACUCCUUUGGGUUGCAUUAAGUAUUCUUUUGCCCUUCAUAUGGUCCGAAGGAGUGAGAAAAAUGUUCUUCCCCCUAACUGUGCCUGCAUACUAUAGGACUCCCCCCGCCAAUAAUAAGAACAGAAAAGUAUGAGAAGAAACUUCGUGGAUUUAUCGACCACCAUAUAAUAUCUAUGUAAUUUCAGUUCUUUUUUAUAAUAAAGUUUUUAUAUAUAUAGUAUCAA